GCGUCAGACAAAGGCGGGCGCGCGCACGUCCUGACGCACGCGGGGCCGGGCCGGCGCGGACGGACGGACGGACGGACGGACUCGGAGCCGCGCGCCGGGCGCUUUGGCAGCAUGUAAGUGACUUCUUGCCAGAACCCAGGUCAGCGCUGAGAAGCAGCAGCAGGGAGGAGACUGUCCAGAGGAAGCCGAUGCCAGCCGCGUCUGGAAUUACACUCACCCGCAGGCAGCAUGAGACGUCCUGUGCCAGCAUAGCUCUCCAGGGGAGGGUCCUGGACGAAGCCUGCCCCUAGAGCCUCGAGAGGGAGAUGGGGCCAGACAUGAACUCUGUACAGUGAACACAGUCUCCGCUUAUGAAGGAGUUCUAAGCGAAGUCAUUAUUAGUUCCCACAGACUCGAGCUCAGGAACCUUCUCUGUGAAGUGCUAGUGGUCAGCCUCUCUCCAGGACUUACCAGGAUUUCUUCUGGCACCAAGUUGAACUCUUCUCGGUACUUCUGGCAAUGACAGGUAUUCGGGACAGAUUUAUCUGCUAAGAGUACUUGAGCAGGAAGAAGAAGAAGCAAGACUCGGAAGCACCUGGAGGGGAGUAGCUUGGACGUCCUGCCUCACCACGCACUUUCCAGACACUGAUCUGGAGUGCCUUGGCAUGGGGUCUGCUGUCCUGUGGAGCCUGGCUGCUCCCGUGCUGGCGUGGGGGACGCUCUGAGUGCUGCGCUUCGUUCCUGGCUGAGCUUGGCCCUCACCCACCCUGCACCAUGUUCCUGCUGCUGCCUUUCGACAGCCUGAUUGUCAACCUCCUGGGCAUCUCCCUGACCGUGCUCUUCACCCUCCUGCUCGUCUUCAUCAUCGUCCCAGCCAUCUUUGGAGUCUCCUUUGGAAUCCGAAGGCUUUACAUGAAGACUCUGUUAAAAAUCUUUGCGUGGGCUACCUUGAGAAUGGAGAGAGGCGCCAAGGAGAAGAACCACCCACUCUACAAGCCCUAUACCAAUGGAAUCAUUGCAAAAGAUCCGACUUCACUUGAAGAAGAGAUCAAAGAAAUUCGUCGGAGUGGCAGUAGUAAGGCUCUGGAUAAUACUCCGGAGUUUGAGCUGUCCGACAUUUUCUACUUUUGCCGGAAAGGAAUGGAGACCAUUAUGGAUGAUGAGGUGACAAAGAGAUUCUCUGCAGAGGAGCUGGAGUCGUGGAACCUGCUGAGCAGAACCAACUACAACUUCCAGUACAUCAGCCUCCGGCUCACUGUGCUGUGGGGGCUAGGAGUGCUGAUUCGCUAUUGCUUCCUGCUGCCACUCAGGGUCGCUCUUGCUUUCACGGGGAUCAGCCUCCUGGUGGUGGGCACGACGGUGGUAGGGUACAUGCCGAGUGGGAGAUUUAAGGAGUUCCUCAGCAGACACGUUCACUUGAUGUGCUACCGGAUCUGUGUGCGGGCCCUCACAGCCAUCAUCACGUACCACGACAGGAAAAAUAGGCCCAGAAACGGUGGCAUCUGUGUGGCCAACCAUACCUCUCCCAUUGAUGUCAUCAUUUUGGCAAGUGAUGGUUAUUAUGCCAUGGUGGGCCAAGUGCACGGAGGCCUCAUGGGUGUGAUCCAGAGAGCCAUGGUCAAGUCCUGUCCCCAUGUCUGGUUCGAGCGUUCGGAAGUGAAAGAUCGCCACCUGGUGGCUAAAAGACUGACCGAGCAUGUGCAGGAUAAAAGCAAACUGCCCAUCCUCAUCUUCCCUGAAGGAACCUGCAUCAAUAAUACGUCUGUGAUGAUGUUCAAAAAGGGAAGUUUUGAAAUUGGAGCCACAGUUUACCCUGUCGCUAUCAAGUACGACCCCCAGUUCGGUGAUGCCUUCUGGAACAGCAGCAAGUAUGGCAUGGUGACGUACCUGCUGAGGAUGAUGACCAGCUGGGCCAUCGUCUGCAGCGUGUGGUACCUGCCUCCCAUGACCCGAGAGGCAGACGAAGAUGCUGUCCAGUUUGCGAACAGGGUGAAGUCGGCCAUUGCCCGGCAGGGAGGACUUGUCGACCUUCUGUGGGAUGGUGGUCUUAAGCGGGAGAAGGUGAAGGAUACCUUUAAAGAGGAGCAACAGAAGCUGUACAGCAAGAUGAUCGUUGGGAACCACGAGGACCGCAGCCGGUCCUGAGCGGCCUGGGCGCACGCAAGCUGCCAGCCCUGAAUCCCGAGAGAAUCAGCUGGAGCCGCCACCCCCACUGCUGCCGCCUUUCUUGACCUGGGGCCGCUGGGGCUGCUCUGGAUGUGGGACUCGGCUUCUUCAGAGCCACUGGGGUCGCCCCCGGACAUGAGGCCUUCUCUCUCCCAGUAAGCCUGUCAGGACCCAUUAAAGUCCGCCCGCCUGUGCACGUGCGGGCCGUGGCGGGAGUGUUGGUCACGGGCCGUGUCUGGACAUUGGGGUGUUCCUCUGCAGAGACACACGCCAGGGCCGGGCUGGGGGAGGGCCGCCCCCAGUGAGCAAGGCGGGGCCAGGCGGGGGCUUGGUCCAGCCCUCCUGUCACGACCCCCACCUCACCCAGCCUCAGACCUCUGCAGAUGGGAUGGAAAAACAAAACAUGCACCUGCAGGGCAUUCGGCAGAGAGGCCAUCUCCAGCCUGUGCUGUGCCCAUGGACAGUCCCCCCAGGGGCUGUGAAGCGAGGGGACCAAUGCCAGUGCUAAGCCCCAACCCCCAUGUGACUUGCUCUCUGUUAACACGUGCCUCGGUUUCCCCGUCUGUAACCCGAAUCAGGAGGGGAUGGUGGUAAUACCUACCUCACAGGGUUGGUUGUGGGGAUUGAAGUGCUCUAGCGUGACGGACGGUGGCGCUCGGUGUUGGAGGUGCAGGCUCCUGGGACGCGGCAGGAUGAGGCUGAACUCAGCUGCCACUCACGGCAUUGGAUUUGUUCUUACGAGUCAAUAAAAUUGUCUUUGAUGGUGAAUGAACUGAGGGAUUUCUCCCUUUACUUCUCCCACAAGAUGUGGUCUUAACCAGUGGCUUUUGUUUUUUUAUGUCAGCCAAGCUCCAAUUCUUUAAUUUGAACUUAACUCGGGGACUGUGGGAAUCCAUUUGGCUUCUAGAAUGAGUGAUAAAAUUAUGCAGAAACAGGUGAACUGUGCACACUGGGUGUUUGCACACACUUCCCCAUGAGUUUAGAGUAUUCAGACCAGAGCAGAUCGGGGCUUCCUUCCUCGUUGGGUUUAAGGAAUUGUGGAUGACACUGUCAGGGUGGGGAUGUGGGAGAUGGGAGGCCACCAUCUGGACGUGAGACUUUGGGGUGAGUAGGAGCAGCCCCUGAUGCUCCUGGGGGUGACGGGUGGGGAGGGGCUACUUGAUGCAUGUGGGUGACUUUCAAGGACUUCUCAGAGCCGGAGAGAGCCACAUCCCUGAGGCCCACCUGGAGAAUCAUAGGCAAACCUCAGGCCCUUCUGAAGAGAGUACAUGCGCAGUGGGGCACAGACAGCCUAUCUGGCUGCAUCCAGUCUCACCUGUGCGGGCAGCGUGGGGUGUGGGUGGAGCGAAGCCCGCUCCAGCAAGUCCUGUGCCUUGGCACUGUCUGAGACUCCACCCCCACACUGACCUCCACCCCGGGUGCUGACCAGUGGAAGUUGGUUUUCUUUCAAGUACAAACAUUGACAACUGUCAAGAACUGUUUUACAUAAAAAAGAAACAUACAAAAUGUUUGUGUAUCAUGGUUUUCAGAUUUUGUAGAUGGUGAUAUAGUUAAGGUUUAAAUACUGUCUAUCUUAACGGUCUUUAAAAAUUGAUCUUGAAAGUUUCUUUUUAAAACUGCCUUUGUCAUUGUCACUGUCCUCCCAUUGUUUAUCGAUUUGCUCAAGCGGGCCCAGUAACAUCUCCAUUUUGAGACUUGUUACUGUCUUUGGCAUAUUCAGACUUUGCCGUGCGGGCGAGAUACUCUCGGUAGCUUGCCUGGCUCUCCGAGAGGGGCGGAGGAAUCGAACCGGGCUCAGCUGGGCUGGCUGCGUGCAAGGGCAAACGCCCUACCGCUGUGCUAUCAUUCUGGCCCAAAACUGCCUUUAAAAAGUCUUUUUUGCCAUUCAGUACAUCCACCUCAUGGCAUGUAAUUCCGUGGGUAUUUUGAAAUACAUAAUUGGCUCACAAUCUCUUCAACAGCUCAUCUACUAUUGAUGACAUUACCAAUAUUAUAAGAACCUGACUUACAGUCACAGCUGUGUAAAGAAAUACUUGUAGAGACGAAGCAAUGGGGAGUUUCCUCUUUUUAGCAAGUGAGUAGAAGGGAUGUGAAUUACACCCCCAAAAAGAAAUCUUUGAAGUUUUUAUUUAGUGCUUGUUACAGGCAGGCAGAUUCAUUAGGCUACUCGAUUCUUUUCAAUUGGUGACCCUCACAGUCCAAUUAUUUGUUUUGGGUAACCAAGUUGGUUUUAAGGGGCCAAGCUUUAUAGCAUUUAGAAUUAAUGACAAAGAAGCCUGUGAAGCAAUAUAAACAGUAUACACUCCCAUGAACCUAGAUGUGAUGGGCAUGAACUUGAACCAGUGGCAUUAAUUAGUGGUAAGAACAUUGGCCAGCUUCUGUUUCACCUUCAGGUGAGUGAUGUUUCACCUCCAAACUCAGUUAUUUUGACUCUUAUUUCCUUCUGUUUCCUCCUUUGUUAACUGAGGACUUUCAUCUCUAAAAUUUUUGUAAAUGGGGCUGGAGAGAUAGCACAAUUGGGUAGGGCGUCUGCCUUGCAUGCAGCCGACCCGGGUUCAAUUCCCAGCAUCCCAUAUGGUCCCCUGAGCACCACCAGGAGUAACUCCUGAGUGCAGAGCCAGGAAUAACCCCUGUGCAUCGUCGGGUGAGACCCAAAAUGCAAAAAAUGAAUAAAUGAAAUUUCUGUGAAUUUUUCAGUCCAUUGUUCAGGUAUUGUCUUUAAGCUCAUCAGAAGUAAAAGAAGUCUGUUUGAAUCCAGUUGCUUCCUGCAAACACUGGGGCUCAUGGAACUAAAUUUCAGUGUGUGCCAAGUGUAAGGGCGAGAUCUCUGUUUUAGGUUACCAUGGGAUUGAAAGGUUUGAGAAUGGGACUUGGAAAGACUUUUAACACUCAUAAAUUUUUUUCUUAACCCAACUAGUUAGAGAAGGAAAACUGUAAAACUAGAAAAAUUUCACUGACAAAGGAAGAUCAGCAAAUAUCAGCAAAACCGCGCUCAGCAGGCUCGAAACAGUUUGCGGUGACAUCCUUGUGUGAAGUGGAACUGGCUUUGGGGCUUGGCUCUCGUUCGCUCCCUGUGGCUUUCUGUUCUGCUGUGGUGGGAGCGGGCAUUGGGGAGACUGAGGCUGGGACAGGCCAGUGCUAAGAGUCCUGGCCCGUUCUGUCGCAGCCCUUGGGGCAUCCCUUGGCCUUGCGGUCGAGCCUCUGGGGGCUGAUACAUCAUGCUAUUACCUUCUGGUGACUGAAUGAAGCUCCGCGAUUGGGGAGACCAUGCAUCCUGCAGGUCCCUGAGCGCAUGGGGGUGUCCGGCCACCUGCAGUGCUACUUGGGUGGCCAGACCCCGUUUCUCCCACUGCCCCUCAGCUGGAAGGGCAGCUGCAUGCACACUGACUCGGGGACAGGUUCCACCACCACCGUUCGCCCAUUCAUCUUCUGUCGCACUAACACCCCAACUCCCCUAGUCAAUAUGUCUCUCUCCGAUGGGAAAGUUAAUAAAUUUUGCUCUAGAUUAAAAGUAUUGAUCAUUUCAUUUGUAAACGAUAAAUAAAAAGGGGGAACUUUUCAUUGCACCAGGGCUAGCGUCUGGUGUAUUUUGCCGGGGAGAUUGCGCCGGCUGUCGGCGGGUGGGCUUCUCAUAUGCAUUCCGGCUGGCCGGCUGCAUUGAUUUCCUAUUAGUCUCCCAGCACCACCCAGUAACACAUCAUUUCAGUACCUGCUAUUAAUGGUCUUUUGAUAAAUAAUCACUUGUAAGUCAAUAAAUUUUUAUUAAACAGUG